CGUUAGCCAUCAAACUGCGACUCCGCGAUAGCUACACAGACGGAUUCACAGACCCAUUCGGGCCGAUAGUCGUAAUCCAGAGUUAAAACCGAUACCAUUGUGUACGCUGCUCACCGCAUAGGCGCGUAAUAUUAUAAUGUAUUAAAAUCCGCUGUUAUCAUCGUUAUCAUUUUGAUAUUUGAAUUUCAGUACGUUACGUAUUUUGUUCUCAUCUAUUGUUAGUAGAUGUUUCGUACUGUGAAUUUCUACUGUGUUUUGUGUAAUUCAUUUUGAAAUUAAAUUCAAGAUGUCAGAUUUUUUAAAAUUUUUCGUCGACGUCCCAAUCACUAGCCCGGACUUGUCUGUGCUCAAUGCCAUGUUGCGCAAAUAUUUUCGCUACAAGAAUUUUAAGAAUACAACGCAGAGAAAUGUGAUAUCCGAAAUUUUAAAGAGGGAUUCCGACAUAAUUGUGUCAUUGCCAAAGGGAAGUGGAAGAACAAUGUGUUUCCAACUCCCAAUAAGUAUAUCCACGAAGAAAGUAUCCAUCGUUUUUGUUGCCCUCACUUCGCGGAUUAAAGUGCAAAUCGCCCGGUUGAAAAAAAGAAAUAAUUAUGUAGAGUUUUUGAAUUCGAAGACCACAGCAGAUGAUUGGUCACGUAUACUCAAUAAUAUACAUACAUGUUGUAAUAUGCUAAGUUCAAAAAAUACAGUGCUUUACAUGACACCAGAAGUAGUGUCAACAGUUCAUUUCUUGAAUUUAAUGCAGUUACUUGUUAAAAAUAAUCAAUUGGGAUAUAUAGUGGUUGAUGAGGCAUACCAUGAGAGUUAUUGGUUAUUAGGUGACGCUAAGGAAUACAAUGGAUUAAGAAACCUUAGAAAUAGACUUCCAAAUGUACCCUGGAUUAUUACUACUGCCAAUGGCAGUGCUGAAGUUGUUAACCACAUUAGGACCAUACUAUGCCUUCAGACUCAGAGAUCUGGAUUGCCCAAAGAUUCAAUACCAUGCUAUGGCUUCUUUGAAGAUGAUGUAUGCCUCGAUCGUUGACCAACCAAGAUACUAUGUUGAUCUGAAAGGUCAAAAAGUAAUGAUUAGUAUUAUUUACCAUAUACAAAGCUAUUUCAUUUUUUAAGUAAAUAUUUUCAAUAUUUUGUAGAGAAAACUUAACUAAAUGGUUAUAUAUUUUUUUUACCAUCCAAAUAAAAUCAAUAAAUUGUAAUCAAAAUAGCUUUUACAUAAAUAUAACAAAAUGAACCAUUUAUUUGAUUAUAUUUA